UCCUUCAGCAGGCCGGGCGCCGCCGCGCCUGCCACCUUCAGCUUCGGGACGCCGGCGCCGGCCCCCGCGGCGCCGGCAGCGAACGUGUUCCCGCUGGGGGCAAACACACCAAAAAUCAACUUUGGAGGCAGUACUGCAACUCCAGCUACUGGAACCACAGGGGGCUUUGGAUUUGGUAGCUCGGUACCAACCAGCGCGCCCUCAAGUCAAGCAGCAGCCCCUUCUGGCCUUGUGUUUGGAUCUGCUGGCACCACCACCACCGCCGCCACCAUCUCCCAGUCUGGGACCACUGGAGGGUUCACGUUCUCCAGUGCUACCACAUCUCAGGCCACAGCAACCGGCUUCAGUGUGGGUGCUGCAGCUCUGCCAGCUGUGCCCACAGGGUUGAGCUUUGGAACGGCCCCGGCAGCUGCUGCCACCACGGCUGCCACCUUAGGAGCUGCGACCCAGUCAGCAACGCCCUUCAGCCUCGGGGGACAGCCUGCCGGUCUCAGCUUUGGGUCCCUGACUUCCACAGCAGCCACUAGUGCGCCCAUGGCAACACUGACCACUAGUACCAGCCAGGGACCCACUCUGUCCUUUGGAACCAAACUGGGAGUGACAUCCACAGCUGCUACAACAGCCGCUACCACCACGACCUCCGUUCUGGGCUCAACGGGGCCAACAUUGUUCUCAUCUAUAGUGAGUUCUUCAGCACCGACAUCGUCUACAGGCACGGGCCUCUCGCUUGGUGCCCCUUCCACUGGAACAGCCGGUCUCGGAACACUUGGGUUUGGCCUAAAAGUUCCUGGAACAACAGCUGCCGCAACAAGCACUGCCACUAGCACUACUUCUGCUUCUGGCUUUGCUUUGAAUCUUAAGCCGUUAACUACAACUGGUUCCAGUGGAGCUGGGACCUCUACAGCUGCCAUCACCACCACCACCACAGCCUCCAGCAUGCCUCCAGUCAUGACUUAUGCCCAGCUGGAGAGUUUGAUAAAUAAGUGGAGUCUGGAACUGGAAGACCAAGAGAAACACUUCCUACACCAAGCUACACAAGUUAAUGCCUGGGAUCAGAUGCUGAUAGAGAAUGGAGAGAAGAUUACUUCAUUACACAGAGAAGUAGAGAAAGUGAAGCUUGAUCAGAAGAGACUGGAUCAGGAACUAGACUUCAUUCUGUCGCAGCAGAAGGAGCUUGAAGACUUGCUGACCCCUCUGGAGGAGUCUGUGAAGGAGCAGAGCGGGACUAUCUACUUGCAGCAUGCCGAUGAAGAACGGGAGAGGACCUAUAAACUGGCUGAAAACAUAGAUGCCCAGCUGAAGCGUAUGGCACAAGAUCUGAAGGACAUCACAGAGCACUUGAAUACAUCAAGAGGCCCAGCUGACACGAGUGACCCGCUUCAGCAGAUCUGUAAAAUUUUGAAUGCGCACAUGGAUUCAUUGCAGUGGAUUGACCAGAACUCAGCCGUGUUGCAGAGGAAGGUGGAAGAGGUGACCAAGGUUUGCGAGAGCCGCCGCAAGGAGCAGGAGCGCAGUUUUCGGAUCACGUUUGAUUGAAUGGCUCCAAGUGUAAAGGAUUAACCUGAAAUCUCCACAGGAAAGAGGCUUUUGGGGACCUAGGUCUCACAUUCUGGCCUGGGCUUGUUUCUUUUUUUUGCAAUAAAGUUUGUUGUUUGUUCCAAAGG